UGGAGUCAGUCGUCAUCUCUUUGACAAAACAAGAUCGAACAGACAAUAUCCACUUUACAUCUUCUUGUUUGUUGCGUGAAGCCACCACUGCCAUAACAAUCUCAUUAUCUUUGAAGAGCGUGCCUCCAUCUGUGUUCAGUAGAAAAUGGCGCCGGCACCUCCAGGCAGUCAAGCAGCGCCACUACCAUCAAAUCUGCCCUUUCGCCUUGUUAGCAAAACAAUUGGCCAGGGCGCAUAUGCCUCAAUUCGAAAAGCUGUUCCUCUCAACGCCCCGAAACCCGUCAUUGCUGUGAAAUUCAUCAACAAAGAGCAUGCCUUCCGCAUGGGACGCCUCGGGCCUAAGCAGCUCAAGAUGGAAAUAGUCUUACAUCAGCAUCUGGGGAAGCAUCACAACAUAAUCCAGUGUUUGGCAUCCGGGGAAGAUACCAUUUGGACCUGGAUCGCCAUGGAGCUCGCCGAUGGCGGAGAUCUCUUCGACAAGAUCGAGGCAGAUGAGGGUGUGGGCGUGGAUAUUGCGCAUUUCUACUUCACGCAGUUGAUAAGCGCUGUCAGCUUCAUGCACUCAAAGGGUAUUGCACAUCGAGAUCUUAAACCGGAAAACGUGCUAUUGAGUGGUGACGGUGACUUGAAACUUGCAGAUUUCGGUCUCGCAGCUCUCUUCAAGAAGGACGGACAAUUGAGAAUGUGCAACACCGUGUGUGGUAGCCCACCGUAUAUUGCCCCAGAGAUCGUCAGUGGGCGAAGAAGUAAAAGAAGAGAUUUGCUGGACGAUGGAUACGCUGCAAACAUUUGUGACAUCUGGAGUUGUGGCGUGGUUCUCUUCGUUCUGCUUGUGGGAAACACGCCAUGGGACGAGCCGACGCAGCAGAGCGAAGAGUUUAGGGAAUACGUUGCUACUAAUAAGCAAACCACGGACCCGCUUUGGCAUCAAUUACCACAGGAUAUGUUGUCUCUGAUGAGAGGAAUGUUGGAGGUGGAUCCCAAUCAGCGCUAUACCCUAGAGCAGAUUCGCACUCAUCCAUGGUUCACGAGGAGAAACCCAUAUUUGACAUCGAGUGGGAAAAACGCCAACCCUGUGGGACUCGCAACACAAAUGCUUUCGCAACUACGAAUAGACUUCUCUCAACCUCCUUCUGCGUCACAACGCGGAUUCUCGCAGGAUUCGGACGCAAUGGAUAUUGAUUCAGCACCACAUCGGUCCCGCGCAAACCCUACCAAUAUCAACAUGAUUUCCUCCACUCAGCCCGAGACCCCUAUCGCGGAUACGCCAUUUGAUUGGGAGCGCCCACCGCGUCUCAGCUCACACGACGGUAUCUCAGCAUCUCAACCGUCGGAGCAUAACCAGCGCCCUUCAUAUGCGACUCAACAGCCCAUGCUCUCACAGUUUCCGUCAAGUACGCAGGACAUCCUGUCUCAAGAUCCGAGCCUUACGCAGUUUACCACCAAUCCAUCUGUUCCCAUGACCUUAACUCAAGCUGCCCGCCACUUCAAAGAUGUUUUGCCCAGCUAUUCCUUGGCACGAUUUCUCUCCCCACUCAGUCUUUCCGCACUCAUCCCUCUCCUCACGGAUGCUCUGCACAAUCUCGGCAUCCCUUCCACGCCAGCGGCAGAAGAACAACUAGCUCAGUGGGAGCGUGAUGGAGAAGCAAACUUGAGGGUCAAGAUGGCAGAUGGGAGAAGACAAGGUCUAAAUGGUCACAUUGUUAUUGAAAGAGCCAUUAUUGGUAUGGAUACCAUGACCGAAGUCCGGUUCGUUAAAGCGAGCGGAGACCCGCUGGAAUGGAGGCGGUUCUUCAAGAACGUAGUUUGCUGUGUUGCAGACGUAGUUGUUAGGCCUAAUUAGAAAGAUUUCAUGAUACCAAUUAAGUAUAAAG